AUGAAGAAGGAGAACAUACAUGAAGAGGAAGAACAAGAAAAGGAAGAAGACAAAGAGGAAGAAAUCAUCUUGCGCUCAUUUUGUAUCUGUAUGUUCCACAGAGCAGUUGUGGAAAAUGCCAUCGAGAGAGCCUUUAGAGUCUGGAGUGAUGUGACACCACUAACAUUCGAAAGGGUCUUUGAGGAGGAAGGAGAUAUUGUGUUUGCCUUUUACAGAGGAGACCAUGAUGACAAUAACCCAUUUGAUGGACCUAACUAUAAACUUGCUCACACUUUCCCGCCAGGCCCACGUUUGGGAGGCGAUGUUCAUUAUGAUCUUGAUGAGAGGUGGACUGACAGCAGUGAGAAUUUUAAUUUGUUCUAUGUUACGGCUCAUGAACUGGGCCACGCCCUUGGACUCACUCAUUCUAGAGACAUAGGAGCACUAAUGUUUCCCAGCUACACAUGGUACACUGAAGACUUUGUGCUAAACCAGGAUGAUAUCAAUCGCAUCCAGGCUUUAUAUGGACCUUCCCCAAAUCCCGUCCAGCCAACAGGUGCAACAACACCACAUCCAUGUGAUGGUGAUAUAACCUUUGAUGCUAUAACUACAUUUAGGGGAGAGGUGAUGUUCUUCAAAGGCAGGUUCUACAUUCGGGUAAAUAAGUUUAUGCCAGAAGCUGAGCUCAAUUUGAUAGGUAUUCUCUGGCCAAAUCUGCCAGGUAAACUUGACGCUGCUUAUGAAGUUACUAUGCUAGAUCAAGCCAGAUAUUUCAAAGGCAAUAAAGUCUGGGCUGUUCGAGAACAGAGUGUACUGCGAGGAUUCCCCAGAGACAUCCACAGCUUCUUCGGUUUCCCUAGCAGUGUGACCCACAUUGAUGCUGCUGUUUGUGAGGAAGAGACUGGAAAAACAUACUUCUUUGUUGACCACAUGUACUGGAGGUAUGAUGAAAAUACACGAUCCAUGGAUCCAGAUUAUCCCAGAUCAAUAGCAGAAGACUUCCCUGGAAUUAAUGAUAAAGUUGAUGAUGUUUUCCAAAAAGGCGAAAAUUUCUAUUUCUUUCAACAAACAGUUCAACACCGAUUUAACCUCCGAAUAAGAAGCGUUGAUGAUUCCCGUGAUUCUAGAACAUGGUUCAACUGCUAAAAAUAUUGGCAACCCCUUACCAAGUAAAUGGAAAUACAUAUGCCAUGAUCUUAAAGAAGAUAUUUUUCUGAAAAGCCAAA